AUGUUACGAGAUCCAAAGAGCCUGGUGAAACCAGUUGACCCAAACAACUCCAAAUUACAAAAUGAGUAUAAUAAGCAAAUAGAAGAAAAAAAAUCCCGUGCAACAAGGCACAUUUUUCUUAUUAGACAUGGGCAAUACAAUCUAAAUGGUGAGACUGAUGAGGAAAGGAAGUUGACUGAACUCGGAAGAAGACAAGCUUUAUUGACUGGUGAACGUUUAAGUUUAUUGAACUAUCCAUGGACGUCAAUUACACAAUCAACAAUGACACGUGCAAUGGAAACUUGCUCAUUGAUCCAAAAACAUUUACCAGCAAAUUUACCCUUAUAUUCAUCUGAUUUAUUAAGAGAAGGUGCACCAGUACCUCCAGAUCCACCCAACAAACAUUGGAAACCUGAAUUAUAUCAGUUUUAUCGUGAUGGUGCUCGAAUUGAAGCUGCUUUUCGGAAAUUCAUUCAUAGAGCUCCACCAGAACAAAAAGAAAAUUCUUAUGAAAUAAUUGUUUGUCAUGGAAAUGUUAUAAGAUAUUUUGUUAUGAGAACUUUACAAUUAACACCAGAAGCUUGGUUACGUUUGGGUAUAGAUCAUGCAAGCAUUACAGCACUUUCUAUUUAUCCUAAUGGACGAGCAUCUUUAAGAAGUUUCAGUAAUUCAGGUUUCAUGCCACCUGAUGCUAUUAGUUCUUGA